AUGAACCCCAUCAACACCACCCCCUACUCACUUCCCCCCAACGCCACCUGGCUCACACUUACGUCCGUGACGCAGACCUUCUCGGUCGCGGCCGCGCACUUCGGCCCGUUCUUCCACAUCGACGUUCUCGUCAACAACACCGGCUACUCCCUGGCUGGCGACACCGAGCCCGUCACAGAAGAGCAGAUGCAUGAUGAGCUGGAGACGCUGUUCUUCGGGACCGUGCGCGUCGCGAUCCAGGCUGUCAGAGUCAGAGUCAUGCGGAGCCAUCCGGCCGGUCGCGGUGGCGUUAUCUUCAAUAUCUCUUCUGUGGCUGGCGUGUGCGCGUUCCCGGGCCAUGCGUCUCUACAUUGCUCCAGUAAGUUUGCCGUGGAGGGGUGGACGGAGGCGUUUGCGAGGGAGAUGAAGAGCGAUUGGAAUGAACAGAAACACCGGGUUAAUUUGAUUUGGCUUUUCUUAUUCACGGUCAACUUCUGCCUCGUCGAGCCCGGCUCCGUAAAGACGAACGUCGAAACGACCAGCAAGAAACACAUCGCGCCGCACGAGGCAUACGCGGGCGCAGACAUGCCCGCCCGGCAGCUGGGAGCCUUCCACAGGAAGAGUAUUGAGGCGGGGGCGGGUGCUCAGCCGGAGGAGAUAGCGAGGGUUUUGUAUACGGUUGCGAGUCGGGGGGAGAAGAUCCCGUUGCAUUUGCCGCUUAGUGAGACGGCGGUGCGGUUUAUUGGGAUGAAGUUGAAGGGGAGGUUGGAGGGGUUGGAGGAGGUGACGGAUUUGAGUGGCUUGGAUGUGGGGGAGGUUUUUUGCGUUAUCCGAUUUGAGUGGUUUACAGCGCAGACUGCCUCGUUUGCUCAAAAAGAUGGCAUUCGACCCCAGCUGUAA